AUGCACGGAAAUGUGGCUGGUUUGCUGUAUGCUAUUUAUUACCCCGUCCUAGCAGCUGUUGGAGUUCCAGGUAAUUUGGUGACGAUCGUUAUCCUGUCGCGCGGAAGGUGCGGUCUCUCUCGGUGUAUCACUCGGUACCUGGUUGGCAUGGCGGUGACGGAUCUUCUGGUUCUCAUCACGGCGGUGAUAUUACACAGGAUCAGUAUGUUAUAUUUCCCCGUUCUGUUUCUCCAAGCCACGCCAGUCUGUAGAUUUCGAAUUGCUCUAAUAUUUGCAACCAGAGACAGUUCCGUCUGGUUAACUGUCGCCUUCACAUUUGAUCGGUUUGUAGCAAUUUGCUGGCAAAAGCUGAAAACUAAGUAUUGCACUGAGUCAACGGCUGCUAUUGUUAUAGGAGUGUUUUGCGCCCUGUCUUUUGUGAAGAACAUCCCUAUGUACUUUGCAACUGAACCUUUGUACAUAAUCGAUAAUGUCCCAUGGUUUUGCAAUUUCAGGUCAAUCUUUUAUUCCAGUGUUUUAUGGACAGCAUUUAACUGGAUUGACCACAUUUUAAAUCCGUGUGCGCCUUUCGUCCUGAUGUUGCUGCUCAACGCACUCACGGUUAGGCACAUUCUAGCAGCGAGCAGAGCCCGCAAGAGACUCCGGGGUCACAGUAAUGGAGAGAAACAGAAAGACUCGGAAAUGGAGAGUCGAAGGAAGUCUAUUGUUUUACUCUUCACUAUCUCGGGAAGUUUCAUCGUGUUAUGGGCGACUCGUGUUGUAAAUUUUUUAUUUGUUCGGUUUACAAACAGCAAUUAUUCGACCGGUUCAAGCCCUAGCAAUCCGAGAUUCAUUCUCCAGGAAACCGGAGUCAUGUUGCAGCUCCUAAGCUGCUGCACCAACACAUGCAUUUAUGCAGGCACUCAAAGAAAGUUCAGAGAUGAAUUUAAAAAUGGGUUUAAGUAUUUCCUCAAUCUAAUAAUUGGAAAAUAUAGCAAUUAA